AUGGCGAACGGAAAAGACGAAAUACACAAUACGGGUGUUGCCACCGGCCCCGAAGCGCAGGACGAGGACGCCCACAUCACAAGCCAUGAGAAGGCCCAGCAAAAAAUCCUCAACGAUGCUCGGUUAGCUACUGAAAAGGAGCGUUCUAUGACGCUCAUGCAAGGCAUCCGACUGUACCCCAAGGCCAUCGCCUGGAGUGUGUUGAUCAGUGCCUGCAUUAUCAUGGAAGGAUAUGAUGUGGCUUUAAUCAACAAUUUUUACGCCUUCCCCGAGUUCAAGAAAAAGUAUGGCGAGCAGUUGCCGAAUGGUGACUGGGAAAUCCCAGCCGCGUGGCAAUCCGGACUGAGUAAUGGUGCAAAUGUCGGCGAGCUGAUCGGCUUACUACUCAACGGCUGGUUCUCCGAACGUUUUGGGUAUCGAUGGACCGUCAUUGGCUGCCUCCUACUCAUCAAUGCUUGGACGGCUAUAUUCUUUACUGCGCAAAAUGUGCAGGCGUUGCUGGUAGCCGAGAUUCUGUGCGGUAUUCCAUGGGGCGUCUUCCAAACAUUGUGCAUCACGUAUGCCUCCGAAGUAUGCCCGGUGGCCAUGAGAGGCUAUCUGACUACUUACGUAAACUUUUGCUGGGGUGCCGGUCAGGAAAUCGCCAUAGGCGUUCUCCUUUCUAUGUUGAAGAGGAACGACGAAUGGUCGUAUCGCAUCCCAUAUGCGCUCCAAUGGAUGUGGCCUACGCCCUUGAUCAUUGGAAUUUACUUUGCCCCAGAGUCUCCUUGGUGGCUCGUCCGUCACAAGAAGCUCGACGAGGCCAAGAAGUCACUGCUCAGACUGACGAGCCUCAACAAGGAGACUGAUUUCGAUGCGGACGAGACACUCGCCAUGAUGGUUCAUACCACAGCCCUAGAGGAGAAGACCACUGCAGGGGCUUCGUAUUUUGACUGCUUCAAGGGUCACGAUCUUCGCCGCACCGAGAUCGUCUGCAUGGUCUGGGCGAUUCAGAAUCUUAGUGGAAACUCCUUUUCCAAUUACUCCACAUACUUUCUGACCCAGGCUGGACUUGACUCCAACGCCUCGUAUAGCUUUGCACUUGGACAAUAUGCAAUGAACAUGGUUGGCGUUUUUGGCGCUUGGUGGCUUAUGAGUCUUGGAAUUGGGCGCAGAUCUCUUUACCUUUACGGCCUGUGUGGCCUGUGCUCGAUGCUCAUGAUCCUCGGCUUCCUAGGCCUCGUGCCUGAAGAACACCGAAGGCCGGCUGCGAUCGCUACCGGCAGUAUCAUGCUUGGCUGGGCUCUCGUGUAUCAGCUCACCGUCGGCACAGUGUGCUACUCGCUCGUUGCCGAGAUUUCCACGCGCAGGCUCCAGAUCAAAACCGUGGUACUCGGGAGGUGCCUCUACAUCAUCGUGGGAAUAAUCACCAGUGUCCUCACACCUUAUAUGCUGAACCCAGGCGAAUGGAACUGGCGCAACUAUGCGGGCUUCUUUUGGGGCGGCGUCUGCUUCUGCUGCAUCCUGUACACCUACUUCCGCGUCCCGGAACCGACCGGCCGCAGCUUUGCCGAGCUCGAUAUGCUUUUCCAAAAGGGCAUCAGUGCGAGGAAGUUCGCGUCUACCGAGGUCGACGUCUUCAACGCCGACCUCCAAGGGACGCUGAUGGACAAAUACCAGAAACAGCAGUUGGGUACCGCUCACCAUAUCGAAAAGACCGCCUGA